AUGUUCGCAACCAAGCGUCUGGGCAAGGAGCUCCUGAAGAUGAAGGACCAUGUCCCGCCAGGAAUCGAGAUUGUCAAGAGUGACACUCUUGAGGAAUGGCAGAUGGACAUUAAGGUCCUCGAUGACAACCCUCUCUACUUCAACCAGACGUACCGAUUGAAAUUCACCUUCAGCAACAAAUAUCCCAUCGAACCCCCAGAGGUCCAGUUCAUUCAAUGUGACGCUUCUACCGGCACCCCCCGCACGAUUCCCAUGCAUCCCCACAUCUACAGCAACGGGAUCAUUUGCCUCGAUCUCCUCGGAACGGCCGGCUGGUCGCCAGUUCAGACUGUCGAAAGUGUCUGCAUGAGCCUCCAGAGCAUGCUGACUGCGAACAACCGUGACGAGAGGCCACCCGGCGACCAGGAAUUCAUCACUCACAAUCGCCGCCGUAUCCGCGACAUCAACUUCGUCUAUGAGGACGACAACGUAUUCACAGAACCGGCCCAGACGCAGAGAAUAUGGCUAGUUGAGCCCUGUUAUCAUCUCGUCUUUCGGGUCUUUGAGGAUGCCGGAUUUGCUGGGCGCAUGGUUGGGAUUCCUGAGGAUGAGGGUGGUAUGGAUGUUACUGCUCUUGAGCUUGCUUUGAGUGGGUUUGAGAGCAGCGAGAAGGCAAGUCAGAGUAAUCAGGUUACAAAGCCCCCCAGGCCAUAUCGAAAGAUAUACAGGCAUGUUAUAUACUGUGUCCCAAACUUCUCAAAUCCAUCUGGGACAACGAUGUCACGCGCACGGCGGGAGGCGCUUGUUAGAGUUGCUCGUAGGUAUGACGCUCUUGUCGUCUGUGAUGAUGUGUAUGACUUUCUCAAUUGGGGGGUUGUCCAUGCCUCUGCCGCUGUGGCUAAGCCUCCACCGCGCAUUGUGGAUGUCGACCGGGAGCUUGAAGGAGGUCCUCUGGAUCAAUUUGGCAAUACUGUGAGCAAUGGGUCUUUUAGUAAGCUUAUCGGUCCCGGGUGUCGGGUUGGAUGGGCUGAAGGGACCGAGGCCUUUGUUUAUGGACUUUCUCAAGCUUACUAG